AUGACGGAUCGGAAUAAUAUUUUAAAAAGAAAUAGAGAAUAUAUCAAAGCUAAGAAUAAAAUAAAGACUCAAGUUGAAAAUAACAGAUUACAACAUCUCGCAUUAACGGAAAAUCUACAGACUCUAUUUCAACCAAUAUUAAAAAGUCAAGAAGAUUUUAAAAAGAUACUCGCUAUAGAACCUUUACCCCAUAAAGAUCCACUGAAUGAAUAUGGAGGUAUUAAGACAAUACGUUAUUUUUCAAACCCCGACCUAGAUUUACCAAAGAGAUUUUCACCAAUCGUUGAUGAUGAGGGUAUAACGUUUUUAUCCGACAACAACGAGGAACUAGUUAAUAGAUUACGAGUAAUAUUAGCGGCCAUGAAGGAAGGUCAUCGAUCGGACAGACAAUACAACGAAGUCAAUGGCAUAUUAAAACGACUUUUGGAGAAAAAAAGCAUCACUAAAAAAGACUAUAUAAAAAUGUCCAAUAAAGAGCAAUUGUUCAUUAUCACCUCGAAUAAACCAGACAUCAAAUUGUCGCUGGACUACGAGUAUGAACUCGAUCGCAAUAAACAGUACGAACUGGGAUUAAAGUAUUUCUCCGUUUACAAUUCCAUUAGAAAUAUCAACGAAAACAACAAUCAACUAAAAAUAUCGACGGAUAACAGAGUUACGUUCAGAACCAUAAGCUUACUACCGGGAAGCUACGAAUACGUAGCCAUCAACGAUUACCUAUCCGAAUACGCAGGAAGCGUGAGCGGUAAAAACAAUAUCGAAUUCGAAGGCAAUUUGAAAUCAAAGACGGUAAAAACAGGUUCAUAG